CUCCUCCUCCUCCUCCUGUCCUCCAGGGGGAGCUCUUCCUCCUCUCCCUCCUCAGUUGAACUCCUCUCCAGGCUCCAGUGCUUUUCUCAUUCAGUCAUAGAUCCGCAGUGUGAAGAUGAGCUCCAUCGGAACCGGGUACGACCUGUCGGCCUCCACCUUCUCCCCUGAUGGCCGAGUGUUCCAGGUGGAGUACGCCAUGAAGGCCGUGGAGAACAGCAGCACCGCCAUCGGGAUCCGUUGUAAAGACGGCGUUGUGUUCGGGGUGGAGAAACUGGUUCUGUCUAAACUGUACGAGGACGGAUCCAACAAACGCAUCUUUAAUAUUGACAGACACGUUGGCAUGGCAGUUGCCGGUCUCUUGGCUGACGCUCGUUCUCUCGCUGAAGUCGCCAGAGAAGAGGCAUCAAACUUCAGAUCAAACUAUGGACACGACAUCCCACUGAAGCAUCUCUCGGACCGCGUGGCCAUGUACGUCCACGCCUACACGCUGUACAGUGCUGUGAGGCCGUUCGGCUGCAGUUUUAUUCUGGGUUCUUACGACAAAGACGACGGCGCUCAGCUCUACAUGGUCGACCCAUCGGGAAUCUCAUAUGGUUACUGGGGCUGCGCCAUCGGAAAAGCCAAACAAGCUGCAAAGACAGAAAUUGAAAAACUUCAGAUGAAGGAGAUGACGUGCAGAGAACUGGUCAAAGAAGUGGCCAAAAUUAUCUACAUCGUCCACGACGAGGUGAAGGACAAGGCCUUCGAACUGGAGCUGAGCUGGGUGGGACAAGUAACCAACGGUCGUCACGAACUGGUUCCUCGAGACGUCAGGGAAGAGGCAGAGAAAUACGCCAAGGACUCUCUGGAGGAGGAGGACGAUUCGGAUGAAGAUAACAUGUAACGCACAUGGAACACGUGUUCUUGUCACCUUGACAUUCUUUUGUACAUUUUCCACUUUAGCUCAUGUUUCUGUUGUUUCUGCUUCAAAAUAAAAAAAUUUAAUAAAUUACA